AUGUUGACAUUGUGCGAACCAUUGUGGGAUUUGUUUGCUCUAAACACUCAAAAAUGCCGCAGAAUGACGCUGAUAUCCCUAAUGACAAGUAAAAGCGUUAACAACGGCAUUCAACCGAGUGUCAGUUCAUAAAUAUUUAUUCUGGAUUUUGUUGGGCAAGGACAAAUUAUUUGCAUCGACGACACGGUCCGGAGUACGUUGCAAAGUUUCAGCUUGUUCAGGUAUUUUCAGUUACACCGUGGAGGCACCCCACCAAGCGAAAUGAGCUCGAGUCGUCAGUUGUUUUGGACGUUGGACGUUGUGUGUUUUGUAGUCAUUGGUUUAGCUGACUUACUUCUACAUGCGACCAAGUUGGAGCCUUCAAACCGUGGUUUUUUCUGUGAUGACGAGAGUAUCAAAAGACCUCUGCGACCCGAGCAUGUUCCUACGAACGUUGCACUAGCGGCAGGGAUAUCUGUUGUUGUUGUUGCGAUCAUUGUGGGUGAGACGGCACGGGAGUUUGUGUUCAAAGCCAAAGCUAGAGACCCGUGCAGGAACAGCCGAAAUAUUGCUUGUGGUCCGAUAACCAUGAAGGCAUGGCAACAAAGGCUAUGUGUUAUACUGUUUAUGUUCGUGUUUGGUGGCAUCGUCACAAGCCUCAUCACCGACAUCGGGAAGCUGUCUGUUGGCCGCCAACGCCCAUACUUCCUAGCCGUCUGCAAACCGGACCCGCUGAAGAUCAACUGUACCGCAGGGCAGUACACAGAGCUCAGCGUGUGUACGGGAGAUAAGGCUGAGAUCCUCGAAGCAAGGCUUUCCUUUCCAUCUGGUCACUCUUCUUUUGCUGCAUACACGAUGGUCUUUCUCUCGCUGUACCUGGAAGCGAUCAUUCCAACAAGGAAGACGGUCCUGCUCAAGCCCUUCCUGCAGGUCUCUGCCAUAUCCCUUGGCCUCCUCUGUGCCCUGUCCCGAAUAUUCGACUACAGACACCACUGGGGGGACGUCCUCGCGGGUCUGGCCAUAGGCACUCUAAUCGCUUUUUACGUAACGUUCAAGCCACUGCAGUUGUUCUCGCAAGGGCCGUGUACAUGUUGCAAGCAACACUCACUCAGUAACGUGUCCAUCGGCCGUGAGAUCGACGUUGAAAGUCAACCGAGCCCGGACGCGCACACCAAGCUAUAGAACGGCCUAACACCAUACAUUAUUUUCCCACGUAAUGCGCCUAUCCAAGGUGUGAUCAGGGUGGUGUAGCCACAUGUUCACCUGAAACUCCGGCGCUUUGAGCUCCCCCCCCCCCCCCCCCCCCCUUCGCAUGGCUUAUCGUAUUCAACACUACUUGGAAACAAUAAAUAGUAUCAAGGCAAUGCUUUUCUUGUAAACGAUUGUAGGCUUGCUUCCCGUCUUUGGUAGUUUACCGGUAAUUUGUUUUCUUCUAAAGAGAGCCUGGCUAGCAAGUGUUACAGACCACAUGCUGACCCAGUCCUUACUUUCUCUGGCCCCGAAAAAAUCACGCCUGCUCUUCCCUGCGGUAGGGAACAUUUAGACAAGACCGCUGAUCCCGAGCAUGCGCGAACAUACUUUAUUAUAUAAAGAUCGCUUCGUCGAUGUGUAUAAAACACGAUAUCAUGGGGCUUGGAAAAUCUGGAGUGAUACAAUCCUUCCUAAAAUAAGUUAACUAUUUGUGAACUCAUUCUAAUUUAUUGCCGGUCGUGUUUACUGUUUUCUUUAAGGUAAAGCAAACAAACUUUACAAUAAAAAAGUCCAAACUA